AUGUUUCAAAGUAAGAAGCCAUACUCGGCCGUUACGGUCAGGAUCGAGAACCUCACGGGCGAGAGAUACGAGGAAGAUGACAUGAGCGGCAUCCCCGAACUGGUGGAGGCGAUUCAGCUCCAGGCCACGGGGCCUGGGGAGGCGGCGCGCGCAAUCCGGAAGAAGCUCAAAUACGGCAGCGUGCACCGGCAGAUCCGCGCGCUCGUCAUCCUCGACGGGCUUAUCCAGAAUGCGGGGCCGAAAUUCCACAGGGCGUUUGCCGACGAGCCGCUGCUCGAGCGCCUCCGCGUGUGCGGGACGUCAAACCUCUCGGACCCGGACGUCAGGAAUAAGUGUAGGGAGCUUUUCCGGCAGUGGUCGCAGUAUGCCAAUACGCCGGGCCUGCAGCAGAUUGCCAAGUUGCACAAGGAGCUACCCAAGAGGAAAGCUGCAGUGACCCAGGAGAGAUCCAAGGUUAUUCGGGAGACGGAGGAGAACCCGUUUGGCGAUGAUGAGGAGGAGGAGGCCCGGAUGGCGGCCGAGCAGAGAGCUGCUGCUGCUGCUGCUGCUGCUGCCGGCGGGUCCAGCUCUUCGACUGCGUCGGCACCGACAGCGAAGCAGACGCAUCAGCACUCCAAGUCGAGCUCAUUCUUCGGUUCGUCCAAGGAUAAGAAGAACAAGAGCAGAUCCAAGAGGAAGCCGUUCAACCUCGAGGCCGAGAAACCACAGAUGAAGUCGGUCAUUGCCGACUCGGCCAUCUCAUCAACAAACCUGAUGAACUCUCUCCAGACUAUCAACAGGGAGACGGAGCGCAUCUCUGAUAACGCCAAGGCAGUGGAGCAGUUUGAGACUUGCAAGCAGUUGCGACGAAGAGCUCUACGUUACAUACACAACGUCGAGGACGAGCAGUUCCUCGGAAGUCUGCUCAACGCUAACGAUAUGCUCGUCCACGCUCUCAUGUCAUACGAGCAGAUGGAUCGGUCUAUUGACGCCGACAGCGACUCUGACGAUGAGCUUGCCGAACAGGCCCAUCUAUACCGAAUGAUGGAAAACAAGGGCAAGGAAUCCGACGACGGAGCCCAGCCCGCGGACCUGGGUGGUCUCAACCUGGACUCGAGCCGAAGCGCUGCCCCUCCUCGACCGGAUGCGUCGUCGAAGCCGGCUCCUCCCAGACCGCCCAGACCGGCACCGGCUUCGACCUCUGCCCUAGAGUCCGAGUCGGAGGAGGACGACGACGAUCCGUUCGGAGACAAGAAUAUUGCGGAGACGCCGGCGUUCGAGAAGGAGCCUAGG